AUGGCCAACCAUCACCACUACCAUCUUCCUCCUCACCCGGCCCACCCGGCCCAUCCCCCAUACCCGCACCCGCCACCUCCUGGCACCCCACUGGCCACCAACGGCUCUGCUGCCAGUCCCGUGCCAGCCCCCAUGUCCACCCCCUCUGCUCGCGGCCCUCCUGCUGCCGCCCCCCCAGUCAUCCCCCACCCCGCUACUCAGCUCCCGGCCCUCCAGAAGCUCGCACAGGCCAACGAACAGACAUGGUUACUCAUAGGCAACCUUCAACGCGAAAACGGCGAUGUAUGGAGCGCCCUUGGCCACUGCUUCCUCAUGAAGGAUGAUCUCCAGAAUGCUUAUUCCGCCUAUCAACAAGCGCUUUACUACCUUCCGAACCCCAAGCUGCAGGAUCCGAAACUUUGGUACGGAAUCGGGAUCUUGUACGACCGUUAUGGCUCUUUAGAACAUGCCGAGGAAGCCUUUUCGAGCGUUCUUCGCAUGGACAAGGACUUUGACAAGGCCGAUGAAAUAUUUUUCCGUCUCGGGAUCAUUUAUAAACAACAACAAAAGUAUGAGGAAGCGCUCAAGUGCUUCGAACGCAUUCAUCGGAACCCACCUGCUCCUUUGACAAACAUUGACAUUUGGUUCCAAAUCGGCCACGUGUAUGAGCAAAUGAAAGAUUACACUGCUGCCAAAGAUGCCUAUGAGCGUGUUCUCAAGGACAGCCCCAAUCACGCCAAGGUGCUCCAACAGCUCGGAUGGCUUUACCACCAGGCUGGGGCGCCCUUUGCGAAUCAAGAUACGGCGAUUGUCCUCUUGACCAAGAGCCUCGAAUCAGAUCCAGCCGACCCUCAGAGUUGGUACCUACUGGGUCGUGCCUAUAUGGCCGGCCAAAAAUACCAAAAAGCCUACGAGUCCUACCAGCAGGCGGUUUAUCGUGAUGGCCGCAAUCCUACCUUCUGGUGCAGCAUUGGGGUGCUAUAUUAUAAUAUCAACCAAUUCCGCGACGCUCUUGAUGCUUACUCGCGCGCUAUUCGCAUAAACCCUUAUAUUUCCGAAGUAUGGUUCGAUCUUGGUUCUCUUUACGAGAGCUGUAACAACCAGAUAUCGGACGCUAUCGAUGCUUAUGCACGCGCUGCGGAGCUCGAUCCGGGAAAUCCUCAUAUUGCACAACGUUUGAAUUUGCUCCGUAAUGUACAAGCGAAUGGAGGAACACUCCCCGCGGCACCCGGCCCUCAAGAUAUCCACCCUACGGCUUAUGCUGGCGGCGGGCCCAUGAAUCCUAUGCACACCCCGGUUGGCCCUCCACCUCCUCUUACUGGGGGUCCUGCUAUUGGAUCUGCCGCGCCUCGUCCUGUUCGCCCAGACUCUCGUGGACCCCCACCCGACGUCAUUGGCGGAUCAUCGCGCGAACUUCCUGCUCUCGGCCUCGGUGGGCCCAAUGCCCGCGGUGGAUCUCCUCCACCAUUCCACGCCCCUCCACCCGUUCAGCUGGACGAGUCAGGUCGUGGCUCGAGCACUCGUUUGCCGCAGAUGCCUCCCAUGGACCUUGACCGUGCACCUCCUUCCACUUCGCUCUUCCGUUCCCAGUCUCAAGGUCCCAACGCCAACCCGAACCAACUCCCGCCUCCACCAGCCCUUACUGCCAGUGCUGCCGGCUAUUCCGAGAGCAACCGCCGCACUCGAAGCCCGUCACCUCAUCAUCUCCCACCUCCAGGAAAUUAUGUAGGACGCCCAGGUCCGAAUAGCCAUGGACCUGGAUCGAACUAUCCUGGCGCUUACCCGAAUGGUGAUCCAGCUUGGGAGCGUGAAAGGAGCGGGCGUGAGCGCGAACGCGAACGCGAACGCGAACGUGAGAGGGAACGUGAACGUGAGGCUCGUGACCGCGACUCUGACCGAGAGGGCCGCAGCAGCCGUGCUAGACAACCGAGUGUGUCCGAUCGUGUCAAGGUUGAGAUCCUGAACCAGCAGCAGAAUGGUGAUCGGUUUUUUCCUGGCCGAGGAGGACCACCCUCCCCUGUAGCUUCUCGUUACGAUCCUCGCCGCUCCCCCCCACCUCCAGAGCGCCUACCAGCUGCAGGUCGAUCGCCAUAUAUCCCCGCGCCUCCUCAGCCCAAUGCACCUCAUCCUGGAUACUGGGAUCGUGAACGUGAACGCGAACGUGAGCGCGGUGCUCCUAUCAAGGCGCCAUCUCGCCAACACUCGCCGGCUCCACGUGACGUACCCACUCCUUCGAAUUCUCGCCGCUAUGAUCCCCGGAUGGAUAUCGACCAAGAAUCUCCCAGGGGUGAAUAUUGGCCUACUGAUCUGCCUCACCCUGGGCCGAAUGCUCUCGAUCGCGAUAGGUACAGCGCGACUCCUGACGGCAGCAGACGCGGUCGUGGUCCCGAGGUCCCACCCCAUGGAUCCGAGAGCCCCACUCCUGGCGGCUCGGGACGCGGCCCAGCCCCGGAGCCAGUCGGCAAGACAGCUCGUCGCCGUGGCGCUCAGGCUGCGGCUCCCGCGCCCGUUCAACAACAACCACCGCCGCCACCGCCCAAGGAGAAGAAGGAGCGCAAGCCCCCGACAAAACGGGGUGGGCGUGAAGGCAGUGCCGUCCCCCCGGAACGUGAAAUGUCAGCUCCGGCUCCUCGUGCAGCCCCUAGUUCUGCCCCUGUAUCCCAGGCCGCUCCUCAGCACCCUACUUUCAAGGUAACCCUCGGGGACAAUAACAAUACACUUCCUCCUCCACCUAUCCCGGGUACAACUGGUGCAAACCACCAUCGUUCGCAAUCUGGAUCCAAUGGCUCGGCUCGCUCGCGUGCUACACCUAGUCCCACCAUGGGACCACCGCGUCGAGAAGUUGAUGAGGAUUACGACGAGGGUGUGGCUGAUGCCUUGAUGGGGUUGUCUGGGCUCAAGACUCAGGCCAUGCGAUCCCGUACCGCAUCUGUGCAUUCGGUCGCGUCCCCCGGACCUCAUGCGCAGAGCAUGAGACAUGAUGCAUUCGCUCCUCCCGUGAACCGUUCGCCACCCGUCUCGACCGCGCGACCAUCUUCGCCCUAUGGCCGCCCGACGUCCUCUAUUCCCGCCCAUCCGCCAUCGCCUCAAUCGAUGCGCAACGGAGCCUCGGGCCGUUCUCCUCCAAGCUCAUUUGCAAGGCGCGGAUCAGAACAGCCACGCGACAAGACACCUUCUCUGAAGCGCGGGAUGGACGAUGAUGCAUCUGGUCCUCUCGAGAAGCGUCAUCGGGUUGAUGUGCUGAACCAUCCGGUCCCUACGGUGUUCCCACCACCACCUUCGACCGAUGCGCGCUCUUCCCCCAACAUAGGUCUAGGCCGCGCCCGAUUCGACCCUGUAUUGUCAGCGGCUGACAUCCGGAUGGAUACGGAUUCGCCCAAGGGAGAGCCGGCUCUUCCCCCCAUUGCGACUCUACCACCACCACCUGAUUCUCCCCCGCGUGGUGCCAAGGGCGAUGGUGACGACGGACGGAGUGCUUCAGAGCGUUCUGGCGGAUCGCGCACCGGUUCGCCAGCAGCGGCUCGUGCAGAGAAUGGAGCUUGA